AUGGAGGACGAGUUUGAAGAUAGAAUUUUAUACCAAGCAUACAUUUCCCACAUGAAACUUCUUUCUAAAUACGGCGGAGGUUUUCCUCUUAACACAGCUUUUUUAAGUUACACUUGGAGAGUAAUUAAACUCUUUAUUGUUCGGCCAGAAACAUUAAUUUUAAGUGCUAUUUUGUGUAUAGUAUUUCUCUAUCUUCAGACUUUUGAUGUAUGGAGUAGAAGUUUAUAUACCAAGUUACUGGCUGGUUUGGAUAGAUCUAAAAAAAGUGUUACUAAUGGGAAGCCUUACGGGGGUCAAAGUUGGGAACUUAAGGAAGGCCUUAUUGGCGUGUAUUCUGUUCAGGGAAGAAGGGUAGGAAUGGAGGAUAGAUUUGCAGUACAUGAAGAUAUUAAUAAUACUGGAAUUUCUGUGUAUGCCGUUUUUGACGGCCAUGGUGGAGAGUUUGCAGCUAAUUAUGCCAAAGAUAUUUUAAUGAAAAAUUUAAAUAAAAGACUGGUAGAAGUAAAAAGAUAUAAAGACAGUUUAUCAGAUGAUCAAUUUCAAAAUAUUCUGAAUAAGAAGUCAUUGAAAGAAGAACAGAAUGCUCAGAAAAUUAAUAAACAGCAAGAUACAGUAGACAAUCAAAGUAGUUUAAAAAAGAAAACUAAUUCGACACAAGAAUAUUUAGAAAAAUUAAGCAAUUAUUCUAAUCCAGAGCCAAAUUUUCAAAAAAUUUUGGAUGACCUUAUUAAACCUAUUAGUAGAGAAGUGGCUCAAUUUACUGAAAAAAUAAUUCAAAAAGUACCAUUAGAAAGUUACCUGGAUAGUUCUAAAUUUGGUGGUAUUGAUUAUGGCAAAGUUAUAACUGAUGAAAUUUUAGCUGCUGAUAACUUAUUGUUAGAUAUAACUAGAAAAAAUAAAGAUGUUGCUGGUACCACUGCUUUGAUUGCAUUAUUAGUAAAUUCAAAUUUGCUGGUAGCAAAUGUCGGAGAUUCUAGAGGUGUAAUGUGUGAUAGUAAAGGAAAUGCAAUUCCACUUUCAUUUGAUCACAAACCACAACAGCUGAAGGAAAGUAAAAGGAUAAAGGAAGCUGGUGGUUUUAUUGCAUUUAAUGGAGUUUGGAGAGUUGCAGGAAUACUGGCUACAUCAAGAGCUCUUGGUGAUUAUCCUUUAAAGUACAAAAAUUUUGUGAUAGCUGAUCCCGAUAUACUUUCUUUUGAUUUAAAGUAUCAUAAACCACAAUUCAUAAUUUUGGCCUCUGAUGGCCUAUGGGAUACAUUUACCAAUGAAGAGGCAGUUGCAUUCAUCAAAGAUCAUAUAGAUGAACCAUUUUAUGGUGCUAAAAGUAUUGCUCUUCAAUCUUAUUACAGAGGUUCUUAUGACAAUAUAACUGUAAUUAUUAUCAAUUUGAAAGAUAUGAAAUGGGGUUCCUAUGCUAUUAAACCAAAAUAA